CGUGCGGCGCGCGCGGCCCGAGACGCCGUGGCCGCGCCGGAGCUCGGGCCGGGGGCCGCCAUCGAGGCGGGGGCCGCGCGCGGGCCGGAGCGGAGCGGCAGCGCCGCCACCGCCGCACGCGCAAACUUGGGCUCGCGCUUGCCGGCCCGGCGCGGAGCCCGGGGCGCCCGGAGUCCCGCCAUGUCGCGGUCCAACCGGCAGAAGGAGUACAAAUGCGGGGACCUGGUGUUCGCCAAGAUGAAGGGCUACCCGCACUGGCCGGCCCGGAUUGAUGAGAUGCCGGAGGCCGCAGUGAAGUCAACGGCUAACAAGUACCAAGUCUUCUUCUUUGGGACCCACGAAACGGCGUUCCUGGGCCCCAAAGACCUCUUCCCGUACGAGGAGUCCAAGGAGAAGUUCGGCAAGCCCAACAAGAGGAAAGGGUUCAGCGAGGGGCUGUGGGAGAUCGAGAACAACCCGACGGUCAAGGCUUCUGGCUACCAGUCCUCCCAGAAAAAGCGCCUGGUGGCGGAGCCCGAGCCCGAGCCCGAGGCCCUGGAGGGGGAUGGCGACAAGAAGGGCAACGCGGAGGGCAGCAGUGACGAGGAGGGAAAGCUGGUCAUCGAUGAGCCCACCAAGGAGAAGAAUGAGAAGGGGGCACUGAAGCGGAGAGCAGGGGACCUGCUGGAGGACUCCCCCAAACGUCCCAAGGAAGCAGCAGAGCCAGAAGGGGAGAAGGAGGUGGGCGCGGUGGAGGUGGAGAGGCCAGUCCCCUCCGAGCCAGAGAAGAACAGCACAGCUGCCACGGAGCCUGGCUCUGGCCGGGGCCCCUCUCAGGAGGAUGAGGACGACGAGGAGGACGACGAGGAGGAGUGGGGGGCAACGACCAAGGAAGAGGCCGAGGCCCCUGGCAUGAGAGAUCAUGAGAGCCUGUAGCCACCAAUGUUUCAAGAGGAGCCCCCGCCCCGUUCCUGCUGCUGUCUGGGUGCUACUGGGGAAACUGGCCAUGGCCUGCAAACUGGGAAUCCCUUCCGCCCACCCCAACUCGCUUCCCUCCUCCACUCACUCUCCCUGCUCCAAGCCCAGCCCCUGGAGAUUGUUUUCAGGAAGGGGCAGGCCACCUGGGCCCCACCUCUGUGUCCCCACACCUCUGUGCUCUGUCUGGGUCCAAGCCAUGUCUUCUGCUCCAGGGUGUGACAGGAGGCCUUUUGUCCCUUCCCUCCAGAGCCACCUACCAGGGUUUUCCUCGUACCAGUGGUUCUGCCUCUGGGCUGGGGCACCCCUUGCCCUUUCCCCCAAGUAUUCAGAACCUCUCAGUUGGCGGGAGUCCCAAGUUGAGAGGGAGGGGUAAUGGGAGAGGGGUAUUUCUCACACUGGGCAGGGUGAUGUCUGGAGUCCUGUCCAGUCCCCCUGUACCACUUGGCCCUGCUGUCUGGAUUCAGGGGAAAUGGGACGGCUUGAGGGGGGCUGGGUGGCUCCCUGCUGAUUGAUGAUUGGCAAUAUCCAUUCUCCUUUUUGUGGGCCCCAGAACUUCUGGGAGUUGUAAUUGAUUAUCAAAAGGUUCCGGGGGCUUCCAAAUUGCUUGAGCUUUGGACCCUGGUCAGGACACUUGGCUGCACCCACCUUGGGUGGGGAGUGUGGAGAAAGCAUCUGCCCUCCUCUAAAUCUCAGGCCAGAGGGGGGCACCUUGCUUGGGGAGACCCCUGGCCCCCCCUGUUUCCCCUCCCUCACAGUACUCAAGGCCAGCCUACAGUCCCACAUCACCCAGACAUAACGGAAAAAAACACAUUUUUUAGGAAAU